ACAAACCUCACAUCAGAACACCAUUAGAACAUUCAAAAUCUAAACUCAGAGGAAUAAGGGAGAGCAAGAAGCCAUAAAAGAUGGCGCUGUUCAGGCAGGCAGUUGUGCAUCUCGCGCUGCUGGUUCUGCUGCUCCGUGUGUCUCCGUUGAGCCGGGCCCAGAGCGCUCAGACGCAGCCCUCGUGUUCAGCGGUGCCCGGGAUUCCUGGGCACAACGGUCAGCCAGGGCGAGAUGGGCGAGAUGGGAGAGAUGGGGAGGAUGGAACCGCAGGACAGAAAGGAGACAAAGGAGAUGCAGGUGUGCCUGGAGCACAGGGUCCUCCUGGGAAAGCUGGCCCACCUGGAGAAAAGGGGGAGAGGGGUGCACCUGGGCCCUCAGGUACCCCAUGCCAAAUGCUGCCUGCAUGCAAUAUAUAUACAGCAUACAGCAUGCAUGUGUUUUCAACAUGA